UUAUUCAUAUUUCAGAUGUUCUGCUAUCUAGAUAUCAUUACUUUUUCAAAUACAACAGGAUAAAGAUGCUCCAAGUCUAGUCAAAAGAACUGCACCAAUACAACUGGCAAUGAGUAUUCUUCAUUGUUCCAAGUUUUCUCAAUAUUGUUGAAUUAUUGAUGGAGUAAAACACACUUUUUACAAUCAUGAAAGAAGCGGAAAAGGCAUUACUUGAACACUGGAAAACGGUUCUCAAAGAUCAUUUGGAUCCUUUGGAAAUGAUGGAGAGUCUUCCUGAUGUAUUCAUAAUUGGUACAGAGAAACAUACCAAAGUUAUGAAGAAUCGUAAAAAGACUCAUGAUGCAGUUGAGAUUAUAAUUAAUGAAUGUGCAAAUAGUGAUAUACAAAUUGAAGAGUUCACUGGUGCAAUGCGGAGAUGUGGCCAUGGCUGGUUAGCUGCGCUUGUAAGUGGGGAAAUUGAAGCUGAAGAGGUGGAAAGAGCUGUUAUUGAGAAUGAAAAUAGAGAGUUUAUCAGAAAAUAUCUCACUAUUAUUUCUCCACUUAUAAAAUCAACAAUUAAUGCAAAGGAGGUUGCAGUUGAAAUGGGAGAAAGAAUCACAAAAGAUGAAUUUGAACUUAUAGAAUGUCGUGCCAGAGAAGAUGGAAACCGAGAGGCUGUCAGAUUUCUUCUUUCAAUUCUUAUUCGAAAGCCGAUAAAAUGUUGGAACGAAUUGACAGAUGUUUGUAGACAUCUCAAUUAUGACACUGAACUAAUUGAAUCGCUAGAAUCUUUAUCAUUCAAAGAGACAGUGCAAUGUGCCACAUGUGAACCCCAAAAUGAUGUUGGUUCGGUUCAUGAAGCCAGUUUCAAGGAAAACACUGCAAACCCGAUACAAAAUACACGUCAAAUUAAUAUUCCAAGGCUGGCUGCACAGUUUCCAGUAGGCAUUCCUGAAAGUCAGUCUACAACCGUGGAAGUGCCAGGACGCCAAUUGAGAGAAUAUCAAAAAGAUCUAUCACAAGAUGCAAUUGAAGGAAAGAAUGUUAUUAUUUGUGCACCAACUGGUAGUGGAAAGACUAGAGUUGCAUCCCACAUUAUUUACACCAGGUUCAAUUCAACGCUAAAGUCUCAAAAUCCGAAGAUAGCGUUCAUUGUUCCAAGAGUUUCCCUAGCAAAGCAGCAAUGUGAUAACAUUAAGACUUAUUUUUGUGCAAGUGGAUGGUCUAUUGAUUAUCUUGUUGGAGACAGCAAAGCUACAUUGGAAGAUUCCUUACGAACUGCGAAUGUCGUUGUUAUGACUGCUCAAAUACUUCUGAAUGCUAUCACAACUGGUUCUGUGAAUUCUUUGAAAGUGUUCAAUAUGAUUGUAUUUGAUGAAUGUCAUCAUACUAUAAAAGAUAGUCCAUACAACAGUAUCAUGGUGCAAUACCUCAAUAUCAAAGUUGAUAAACAUAAUGGUCUUCCUCAAAUUGUGGGAUUAACAGCUACUCUUGGUGUUGGGAAAGGUAAAACAGAUUUUGAUGCUAUUGAGCAUAUGCUAAUGCUUUGCGCAAAUCUCGAUGCAACUGGUGGAAUUGUGACUGUUCCUCUGACACACAGAGAUGAGUUGAAUAAAUAUACACCAAAAGUUGAGGAAGAUAGUGUUGUUCUGGAUGAUAACACGAUCAAUGACCCAUUUACAUUAUGUCUAUGUGAAACAAUAGAUGAAAUGGUUGGAAUUCUUCACAACAUGGAUAUCCAUAAGAUUAAAGGAGUAACCAGACCACAACCUAUUGCGAAAGGGUCACAACAGUAUAUUCAGUGGUGCAAGGAUUUUGCUGCAAAAGCAAUCCAAUAUCUCAGGGAAGACAGUGAUGUUAAUUUUUGUAGAAAUGUUCAAGCAUGUGUAUCCCAGAUACAAUUAUUCAAUGAGGCACUUGAUCUUCAUUUCAAAUGUCGCGCUGUUGAUGCUCUGAAGUAUUUGGAAGCCAAGUUGAGUCAAUCACAUGACAUAAAUCUUACAAGUGUUGAAAAAAAUCUACAACAGCUGGCUUUGAAAAGUAUUGAAAAACUCAAAGCAUAUUACAAUGAUCCUCAUUGUGCCAACCAAAAUCUAAACAAGAUGGAGAAGGAGAUUCUCGGAACGUUUGUGAAUGACCUUGAUUCUAGAGCAAUGUUGAAUGUUUUAAGGCGUCAAUAUGCUGAACCAAUUAAAGGCUGGUUAAAUGAAACAGAAGCAUUGAAAAAACUGAAUAUCCGUGCAGAAUAUUUUACUGGAGUCGGAAAGAGCAGAGAUGGUGCCGCUCCUGGAUUAACUCACAGCAAACAGGAGAAAAUUCUCGAGGAGUUCAGAAAUGGAAACAUCAAAAUUCUUGUGUGUACUCCAGAUGUUGCGAGCGAGGGUAUGGAUAUUGUCAAUUGUAAUCUGGUCAUUUGCUAUGACUAUGUCAAAAAUGAAAUAAGUAGCACUCAAGUCAAGGGGAGGGCAAGAAAACCACAAGGGCGCAUGGUUCAAUUUUCAUCUCAAUCUGUUAUGGCUAAAGACAAAGUAAAUAUAUCAAAAUUUCUCCUGAUGGAAAAAACAACUGAAGUCGUUCAAAAUAUGUUCAGAACAAAUGAGAGAAAAUAUCUAGAUGAAUUGCAAAAACAUCAGAAUUUGACAAUAUGUGAUUAUCGUCUCAAGCAAAAAUUAUCAACAGCCAACCCAAACGAGAUGAAUAAUUCCUCUCCGUUCAAAGUACGCUGCAAAAAAUGCAGCAUAUUCGCUUGCAUGAGUGAUAAUAUAGAAGUUGUUAAUGGAACAAAUCAUACUUGCAUUACAGAAGAUUUUAAAACAAAAUAUAUAGAGCGACCAGUUGAAGACGGGGGAACUGAAAGAAAACAUGGAUUAUUUUGCAAAAACUGUGAUACUAAAUGGGGUAUCUUUGCACGAGUAAGGAGAAUUCUUAUCCCUCAACUUCGACCGGAAGCUUUCAAAUUUGUUGAUGACAUUAAUCCUAGCAAUGAUCCAAUAAUGGGAAGCAAAUGGAAGAGCAUAAAGAUUCAAUUUAAGACAACAAGUUAUGAUGACUUAACAGAAAGGAUGUUUCUGGCAAAUAUGUAAUAUAAUGUUAAAUAUUACUUGUAAUAAUUGUAAAAUAAAACCUUCAAAUUACUAUUGCAUAUGAUGGCAUCAAAUCAGAUUAAAGAAAAAUCAGUGAGCUAUGAGGUAAUGCAAUAUUUUUAAUUUUGUGCAUGCGAUAAAGAUGAUAAUACUUCAUAUUAUGUCUAUAUUUGUAAUAAACAUAAUCUUCAAAUGAAAGUAUAUAUUUUAUUGUUUCUUUUAUAUUUAUUGACUGUAAGUCUAUCCUGUACUUCUAGCAAAGUUCAAUUUGUUUAAUCACACUACAUAAUUAAUUGGUCAUAAAAGAUUCAAAUGAAUGCCUUGGCAUUGAAUAGAAUUAGGUUUCAAACUUUAUGUCAGUGUAAAAUAUCACUUGGGCCACCUUUCAUGACAAUUACUUAGCGCAAUAAGAACUUAGUGGAGCAGCACAGCUAUUAACUGAACUAAUAAGUAAUUUUGGUUUAUUUUCUUAUAAUGUUGGCUCCUCCUGUAUAUAUUCAUGUUUCCACAUGGAUCUGUAUAUUAUUCCGUUAAUAACACAGGAAAUUUAUUUGAAGAGCAAAUUGCAACAUGUUUAAAAUACUGUAUAUCUAUCUACCUUUGUGUAUAUAAUAGGCACAACUGGUUCAUAGGUCCCUGUUUUGUUGUUAUUUACUGCAAUAUUGAAUGCUUUUAUGCCAAUGUAUGAAAUUGUAUUUUACGAGAUGCUUCAAUAUUUUUGGUUGUGAUUUAGGUAUUUUCUACCUUCUUGCGCGCAUUUUAGCUAUUGCAAUUUUGAUUCUUAUAUUUAAUUUAAACUUUUAAAAAUCGAAAUAUCGAACUGUUUCCCU